AAUUUUUUAUUGGUUGAAUUUUUUAUAUAAACGAGAAAAAUUGAAUAAAAUUUUGUAAUUUCAUAAUCGGUGUGCAAAAACCUUAAACCUCACUUAUUGUGAUACAGAGGGAGGAGUGUGAUUUUUCAUUUGAGAAAUUUCUAUUUUUUUAUUAUUGAGAUAUACAAUGAGAAGCAACCUACGAAAAUACGGAAGAAAAAUAAGUGAGGCCAAAACAAAUACACAAACUUACGCUACAAAACAAAAACCAGUUGUUUGAAUAUGAACUUGAACUUGUAAAAUUCUUGGAACACUAGUUACAAAUUUUUUGGACUUUGUGAAAAAAAUAUUCAACAUUAAUGAAGAAUUAUUCAAACGUACUCUACUCAUUCCACCACAUGUAUGGCUACUGUAAAAUAAUGACUCGUCAAACCCUAUAUAAACUAUAUAUAUAUUCUUCGUCCUUCACAAACAUUUCACGCCCCCAUAUCUCUCUCUCUACGAGCAAAAAAGAAAAUGGGGCUUAAGAAUAUCGUUCUGGCAAUAUUUCUAAUUGCCAUAACCAUCAUCAUACUGAUUUCUACAGUAUCCGUUAGCGAUAGCGAAACAGAAACGCAUAUGCAAACGCAAACGCUCGUUACGAAGGAACUUCCUAGGGUGAGUCGUUUCCUAGCGCAAAACGAGAAGAAAGGUCAUCGCAACCCUAACGCGGCUGAUCAUUGCAACAAGAACGAGGAGAUAUGCAAGAGUCAAGGAUCGUCCAACUCCACAAUGGCUUGUUGUAGCAACAAGUGUGUUGAUGUGGCGUACGAUAACGAUAAUUGCGGCGCAUGUAACAACCAAUGCAAGUUCACGCAGACUUGUUGUGGAGGAGAAUGUGUUUACUUGGCUUAUGAUAAGAGGCAUUGUGGGGAGUGUUACCAUCGUUGUUUGGUUGGUGACGUUUGUGUCUAUGGGUUGUGUAAUUACGCUUGAUAUAUGUGGUUAGUUAGUUUUUCUAUAGUAAACUUUGCUAUGUUUACUAAUGUUCCAGUUAAUGUGAUUUUAUAAUAUAUUAUUCUUGUUUGGAUUGUUGAUUUCUUAUAUAGAAACUUGGAUCAAGAAAUUGAUAAAAAUAUGUUGGUUUUCUUAGUGUUUGAUAUUGCGAGAAGAUUCAACGAAAUGGAAAAGCACUAGUCCGUGGGUGUUCUUGGGUUAGUAGCUGCAAGAUUUAUACUAUUGUAAAAUCCAAAUAUUGUAACUUAAUAAUGCCUAACAAGCUAAACCAUGCUCGUUUUUGUAACUGGACGAUGUUUACAUAUGUUGCAUUGAAACGGUGCUUUAGUAUGAUUUUUAUACAUAAUUUUUAUAUUUAGUUGUUGACUUGUUGUAGAUGUUUAAUUUGUCCAUUUUUGUUUCACAAAGUACUUAAUGCAACUAAUUACAAAAAUAAAAUUUACAUCAUUUAUUUAAAAAGUAAUAAUUUUAUAUGUUUAUUAAAAAUAAAUAGAAACAGUUCUAAGAAAUUUUCUUUCCGAAAUUCCAACAAAAUUCCAAAAUUUUAUUUUAGAAAAGCUUUGUAUUACUUAAGGAGCUGUUUCUAUUAGUAAGCAUUGCCAAUUAUUUGAAACCCUUACUUAAGUGAAUCUUAUGAUAUUUAAUUUGGGGUUUUCUCCAAAGUUAAAUACAAUUUAAGUACUACGAUGGGCAAUGGAGAGUAUGCUCCAUCACUCGACAUGUCACAGCUUUGAGACGGAUUGCAAGGAUUUGAUCACCAUAAUCAAGGAAUCUCAUGAUUGACCAAACUUUGCAACAUAAUUGGAAAGGAUAGAGACUCUACAAAUAUGCUCUCCGGACUUUAAAAUCAUUCAUAUUCCAUGAGCGCAAAAUCAAAUUUCGGAUUAUUUAACUACGAUUGCGAAAUCUUUCUACAGGGAUCUAUGUUUUAUUGGUUAUCAAACCACCUCAAAUUUGAGUAAUAUAAUAGUCUCGUUGUCGAAAAAAUUCACUAAACAAUUUAAUCAAAGUAAACACAAUUGUGUAUCAACAAAGUUAAACUUAUUUGUGGUAUUUCUCUGUAAUGGUGACUCAUAUUUAAUUAAUAAUUAAACACAAUCGUUUAACAAGUUCAUUAAACAAAAUUUUUCAAUAGCUGCAUUAAUUUAAAUCAAAUCUUGCAAUAACGUCGAAAUCAAACAAGGAGAAUAAACAAAGUAUGCAAUUGUUUAACAAGUUCAAAACCAGCAAAUGACACGAUCCAAGAAACAAAAGUACAAGAAUUUAGUAAUAACUUAAUAAAGUCAAUUUGUGAUAUUCGAAGUUAAUAACGCUAGAUCCUAAACUUUCUUAGAUGCCUACUGCCUAGAUCUCAUUUAACUCAGUACAAGAUUAGAAUUACACAAGCUUUUCAUUAAGAUUGUAAUGGAUUCAUAUUUUUGUGAGAGUAAUCUCCCUCUCAAAGUUGACUACAAAAUCAAAAGUUACAGUAUAUUCAUGAAGAUUACAAUCAGACUGACGCAAUGUUGUUCAACCCAUUGUUAGCCCUAUUGAUCCAUGCUUAAAAUACCAAGAUAAGUAAAUAUAAAAUUCACAACAUCGAGAGGUUGCUCCUCUGUUUCUUGUCUGUAGGCUGUUGUUGAUUCAGAGCUGGAGGUUCGGUGACACGGCCACGGCGGCGGGCUCCACGGUGAAGCUCAGGCAUAGCUCAAACCCCAUGCAAUCGAGACGGGACAGAGAGAGUCGUCCGAUCAUUAUAGUCCGAUCGAAACGAGGGUCUGGAUCAUGUCGGAUUUGGAAAGAGAUCACAAGUCACUUUGUUAUCAAUUGAUUUUGAGUUUGAAACUUUAU